GGUUGAUCGUACAGCAAUCGCAUGCAGGUCGAGCUGCACAGUACGCGACAUCGAUAUCCGUCCUUCGAGACAGCAAACAUCAGGACGAACUCACACCCACAUCGCGAACCGCCUGGCAGCGCGCGCCUACAUCAGUUGCGCAUCCACUCUCUCACAUGGCUUGAGGCCUCUCAUGCUCUGGUCAUGCAUCACGAUCCUAAUCGGUCUUCAUUUCUUUCCAUUGUAUUAUUAGCGAGCUCGUCCCCAUGUUUCUCGAUCCAGACCCCAAACGCCAGAAGCAGACCAUGUCUGGCUUCCUGCCUCCUCAGGCCCUUCUAGCAUCGGCGGGCGAUGCUAGAAUCCUCGCUGCUCGUCGCCGUCCGCCACUCCACGAGCGCACAAAAUCGCAGAACAACACACAAAAUGCCCGCCGCGAUCCGACCAAGACGGUGCGCCUGGUCCCGCCGUCGCCAGCAUCUUCGGCUCGCAUUGGCAGUGACAGCGAGGAUGGCAAGGAGAAUGUCCGAGGCCAGCGCUCGCAAGGCAAGGUUGCACGCUUGCUACCUCAAUUCGAUGGAGCCAAGGGUAUCACUAGCUCAAAGCCCGUGUUCCCAAUUUCAGCCGCCGGCUACGGUGUUUCAGAUAAAUCAGAGGCGAUCAAGUCACACAAAAUCACCAUUCCAGGGCUCGAGCCAGCCAGUACUACCAGUGCUUCGAAGUGGACGCCGCACAGAGCUGUGUCCGACGCUUACUCGCAGUCAUCGACUCUCUACAACAAUGAGAGUACGGUCUCUUUGGACGUGCCACAUGAACGGAAACAGCGUAUAAGUGAAGGCACGACACUGCAGGGGUCGCCGCCUCCAGAGGAUCUAGCCGAGCAGCGAAUUGAGGAGGUGAUGCCCGACGAGAAUUCACAGAUCGAGGAGUAUGAAUACGAGCAUGUUGCAAAGGGACAAGAAUAUGAUAAAGAAGAACAAGAAGAAGAAGGAUCCUCCGUGUUGCACGAUCUACCAGAGGUGUCGGCUGUCCCACCAUCGACGACGCGAGCCACUGUCAGAGUGGUUCCGCCCUCAACAGUGUCGCCUUCCUCCUCCGUAUAUCAACCAACCGAGCGCUUCGAGCACAUGAACACUCCUCGUUUACAAUCUCGCAACAUGGCGUUCGACUCCGACUUGGCCUCCCUCGGAAAGACGGCCAGUCCAGGCAGAAGGUCAUCGCUCGGCGCAUUCGAUGCGGCAUCUCUUACUCCUGACCGCCGGCCUGGCGCUGCCUUAGGUUUCUACUCAAGUCAAGAAUCGCUCCCUCUAUCCGAACAAUCGUAUCCUCCAUCCUCGCCAAAUUUCGUAGCAUAUACUAGCCCAUCAUCUCGCCCACGUUCGCCAACGCAUCCGCUCAAAUACGCAACUUCAUAUGAUUCGAUCAAUACGCGCCUGGCGCGCUCGCCUUCCUUCCGACCAGACACAGGUCGAAGUUUUGCAACUAAUAAUUCCGUAUUUACUGACUCUUCUAACGAUACAUUACCAUCUUUACAAUUACCGAAGAAACGAUUACGACACAUGCCAUCUUCGAUUUCUUCGACAUUCCAACACAGUAAUCAUUCAUUUUCUUCUUCGCAAGCGAUAUCUUCCCAUAAUCCGCAUACCGAUCCAUAUCCUCGUCAUGGCUACCGCGGCUACCUCAGUACGAUCGCAAGCGAAAGCGAACACGGCCACAGUCAACAGUACAGUCAGCUCUCUUUUGGUAGUGGUACCCAAGCCGGAGACCGACUCGAGAUGACUCCGGCAAUGUCCUGGCCAGGCCACAGCACUGACAGCUUAACCGAACGAGGCGCCAUUCCCCCCGUAACUGUCGCUGGAGCAAGUAGUGACGACGAGCCUGGAGACAUGACACUAGGCAUCUAUCGCGAGACCAGUCUGAUCCCACAGCCGCUCUUCGAGGUGUCUCCGCCUGCGAAGUCUACAGAAGCCCAUAUGCCGUCAAUGGAAUCGCGAUUCCCUGUCGCUGACGUUGAUGAAGGAGUUGAUACCCUCACUGCGCUUCAAGCACCUCCGUUACGGCAGAAACGCUCUGGCUAUUCAAUCCGUCAACGGGACGAUGGCGCGACACCACGAAACCUCAAUCAUGGUGCAUACAACGAGACAGAAAGGUGGAGCUACACAAGUGUGGCCUUCCCAGCUUGGGCAAAGCACUACUACGCAGGGACGGCUGUGCUCUCGAGCAAGAUUUCCAUGUCCAGCAUCGGCACGGUGCGACGCCGUCCUGUCGCGCACUCUCGAAACGGAAGCACGUGGACAGAGCGCAGCGCCUUGAGCCGGCAGAAUACUACCAAAAGCCGAGCCGAAUCUAUCACGUCUCGCCCAUCUACGCGAGGUGAGAGACGAUGGAGUCUCUCCUCCCAGCCAAGCAUCUUCCGAUCACGCAGCCGAAAAAGUGAGAAGGUGAGCAAGUCACAGGAGCGCUCUCGCUACCAUCGUAAGUCUCGCAGGGCAGGUCCUCCCGCUCAGGUCGAGUCGGAACGGGGCUCAGUUCCAAGUAUCCCUGCAGUCUAUCUGGUGAAAGACCACAGCGAUGUGAUCUCAUCAGCGGAGGAGCCCGAACGGAUCUCCCUCGUAGAUGCCCUACAAGCAAUAGAACCUUACCCACGAACCUACCAGCGUCAGAAAGAUUGGGAUCAUCUGGACUACCCUCGACCCAUGACCAAGGAUGAGACGCGUGCGUUCAUGAUCCAACAUCCCCACCUUGUUCCCUCGCGACGUCAAGCACGCCCGUCAAUGUGGCAGGCACCUAGCUUUGUUGAGAGCCUCGACACACUGGUGCAUUCACGAAGCAACCGCCAAGUCUUAUUUUUCGUCGCCGGUUUCAUCUUCCCCCUCAUGUGGAUGGUGGGUGCUCUUCUUCCGCUACCCGCGCGGCCGUUGUCGCUCGAGGAAUUGACCCAGCGUAUGGCGGUCACCGGCCCAGAAGACCUCGAGAGUGCGCUUAUGAAGCACGAAGCGGGCGACGCUGAAAGGCGCUGGCGAGAGGAGAGAGCCUACCUCAAGGGGCAUUGGUGGCGAAUGCUGAAUCGGGUCAUGAGCGUCGUCGGAGUGCUUGUGAUCGGCGCUGUGGUAAGUCAUCCUAUAUGCACUACUCGCAGACCAAAUCGAAUCAACUGCUAACUCGAACGACAGAUCGCGCUCGUCGUCAUUGCCGCCCGAUAGCCGACACUGGACCUGGAUCUCCACAUCUCAUCUCGACAAAACUCGCUUCGAACUCCUUCGUUCUUUUUCCUUUUCACAAUUUUCCGCUACAUUCGCCAACGGAUCGAUCUGAGAUCCGCACAUCUUUGUUUCACUUCACGUCCGCAGAGCAAGUUCAGCAACGACAGUUUUACCUCAUGAUGAUACCCAUGUCGAAUAUGCUCUGAAUACCCCUCUGCAUAUAUAUAUCAAGGUUUUUUGACUUAUCCUUUCUAAUGUACUU